AUGAAGAGGCGAAAUGCCGAAUCCGGCAAGAUGCGGCGCCCCGUAAAGCGCAACAAACUCAACGAAGGAAUGUAUGGAAAUUCUCUGUUGUAUUUGAAGUUCAUAAUGCUUUGGGCAACAGUGGUCUUGGCUGACUAUAUGCUGGAGUUCAGAUUUGAAUUCUUGUGGCCCUUCUGGAUGAUGAUCAAAUCAGUUUAUGAUUCAUUCAAAUACCAUGGUGUUGCAUCUUCAGUGUUCUUCAUAUGUAUAGCAUUGACAUCCGACAUGAUAUGUUUCUUUUUUGUACCACUAGAGUAUGUGUUCUUUGCUGCUAGUACCUAUGUAUGGGUACAGUAUGUGUUGUACACAUUCGCAGACAAAGGCAUAUGCCUGCCAACAGUGGCGCUGUGCUGCCUGGUGGUGUACUCGGAGGGCGUGGUGCGCGCGCGCACGGUGCCGCUCGAGCUGUGGCGCCCGCUGGCGGCGCACUGCCUCGGCUACCCCGUGCUGUCACUCGGGUUUGGUGUUAAGGCGUAUGUGGGACAACGCCUGAGGCUCAGGCGGCAGAGGCAGGUGCGCGCAGAGAAUGAGUUUUACUUUCAGUUGUUGCGAGAUGCAUUGCCAGAGAGUGCACUGUUAGAGAAUGCUCAAAAGGAAGAGUGUAAGGCGGAGUACACGAGCGGGCCGGCGGCGGACGCGCGCCACAUGAACGGCUCGGUGCGGCGCCGCUGCGCGCGCGACCACAACGGCGUGUGCGUCGCGGAACACCCCAUACAAGUUAAGUUAGAUAAGCUAGAGAGGAACGGCACGAAGGACAAGGCGCCGCGCGCGCCCUACAGCAACGGCGCCGCCGGCGGGCCCGGCGCGCCCGACGCGGACGACCGCACCGACGCAAAGGGCGGCGGAAAGCCGGUGAAGUGUGAAAAGAAAGAGGCUAGUACUGUAAGAGAAGACAAGAAAAAACAUAAAAAUAAAGAUAAGGAUAGCAGCGAUAGUCAUAAGAGUACAGAACAAACAAAAGAAUUUGUAGUUAAAGAAAAAGAAGUAGAAAGUACAAAAGAGUGUGUAAAGAGUAAUAAAGAUAGCAAUAGUCACAAAGAAAAAGAGAAAGAUAAAAGAGAAGAAAAAGGAAAAAUAAAAGAAGAAGAGGUUAAAGAACGUGAAAAAUGGUUAAUGGUUUCCUACUGCGAGUUGACAGAGGAACUGAAACGUGUACGAGAGGAGCUGACCGCGGCGAGGAGUAGUGAGGCGGAGGCGCGCCGGGCGCUGGCCGCGAGACCCGCUCUGCCCACCAGUGAACGUGUGGCGCUAGAGCGGCGGCUGAGUGAGGAGAGGCGCGCGCGGGCCGCCGCCGAGCACCAGCUGCAGCGCGCGCGCUCCGCAGCCUCGCGCGCGCCCACGGGCGAGUGCGACAACGAGUGGUGCCGGUCGCGGCGCGGCGCGCACGAGGCGGACGCGGCGGCGGCGCGGCGCGAGCUGCAGCGCGCGCGCGACCGCGCCGCGCUGCUGCAGCGCGACCUCGCGCUCAAGACCGACCAGGUGCGGUCGCUGGAGGCGCGCGCGGCGCGCGCGGACGAGGGCGGGUCGCGGCUGGCGGCGUGCGCGGCGCUGCAGGAGCGCGCCGCCUACCUCGAGCGCUCGCUCUCCGCCGAGACGCGCGUCAAGCUCGACCUGCUCUCCGCGCUCGGCGACGCCAAGCGACACAUGCAGAUACAGGAGGGUUUAAUAUCGAGACAAGAAAAAGAAAUAGAAGAACUAAAAGCUCAAAUGCUCGCAGUGAUGCCAACAGAAUUCGUCACACCAGUGAGUGGCACCGUGUCCAAACUACGACUAUCUGACGGCUCCCCGUUAGACCCUAACGCGUCCGUCUAUACUCCAAAACAGCUCUGCUCAGACGCC